AUGGCUCCAAGUCCACGAGCGAAGUGCACAGCAUCCGCGAAGGAUCUUAUGAAAUGCUUCCGCCUCAACUGCAAAAAGUUUGAGCCCGAGAGCUACCAGAAAGCAGACUUAGAUGAGUUGGUGGCGGACAAGGAACAGCUUUUGUCCGACAUUAUAGACGAGACACCGAGGGCAAACGAAAGCAUCGUCGCUGAAGCACUGGAUCUUGCCUAUGAUGGCCAGAAGAAAAAUGUUUUGAAAGAAGCCAAGAAGGGUGCUUUUGCUCAUGAUGCUUUUGCUCAUGAUGAAGAUGCUGCACAGAGCAACUCUGCUGCAGCAAUUUUUGCUGCAUAUGGAUUGCAAGAUCCCGAAGCAGUCGCUAGUGACUGCAGCGAUGUGAUGUCGAUCCAAGAGUCAGAUGCCGAGAACACUUGCCCUGACACCGGCUCUGCCCCCAGCAGCAGCCGAUCUCGACCGUACUUCGAUGGCAAGAACUAUGUGCGAGCACGUGCAGAUGGGUCUGUCGAAAAGGCCAGUAUGGUUGCGGGUCCGACGGGCUUUUGCCUGGUGCAGUUCGGUUCUGAAAAAGCUUUCAAAAGUGAGGUGCCCAAUGUGUAUCUGGAGGAGAAUAAGCCCAAGAAGAGAGCGAAGGCGAAAGCCAAACCUGCAGCUGUUGAUGAUGACCGUGAUGGGGGGGGCAGGGUGGAUGAUGGUGCACAGGAUCCUGCAGGUGAUGAUCCAGCAGCGAUCAGUGUUGAGGAUAUCGAUGCCAAGGAUGUGUGUGUGCAUGUCGACUCUGAAGAUGAUGCAGAGUCCGUCGUUCUGCAGGCCGAUGAGUCUGCAGAUGAGGGUGAAACGGGCCCUUUGGACGCAGAGAGGAAGACGUGGCAUGGAUAUAGCUUGGAAGAUCUACCACAGGAGGCGUGGCCGAACCCGGAGAUCCACAAGGGGAAGCACAGUUGGUGCGUCCACCUUGACAACGAGCAGGGGGUGAUCGAUGUUUUGAUGCGGAGUCGUGCUUUUUGGAUAAAAAAACCUGUGAAAGCCAAGGGUCAGCAUUCAUGGAGUAAGUAUAGCUCGGUGGCAGAGGCCUGGGAAGCGACGAAGACAGCAUGUAGAAAUGCAAACGUGUUGAAGCGGCCUGCCGCUGCGAUUAAACUUUUGUCCUGA